AUGGCACCACCUGCAGCCAAAAAGCCUCGGCUGGUCAUAAUGGGGUCCAGAGAAUACCACAUCCAAGACUUUGUCGCCGACUACCAGCAGGAUUUUGAGUAUUCCGUCCUCGACGCUCAUAACCGCAAGGAAGCACUCACCAAACUACCGCAGGAUGUGGCGCAAAACGGCCCGAUAGACGCCUUCAUCAUCCGCGUAGGGACCAGCGAGUUUGAGCCGUUUGACGAGGAGCUCCUGGGCCCGCUGGCGCCCAGCUGCAAGAUCAUCGCCUCGGCGUCGGCGGGCUACGACGAGUUCGACGUCGACUGGAUGUCGCGCAGCGGCAUGUGGUUCUGCAACACGCUCGACGCCGUGGCCGAGGCGACGGCCGACAUGGCCAUGUUCCUGACGCUGGCGGUGCUCCGGGACGCGCACCGCGCCGAGCGAGGCGCCAGGUCGGGCUCGUGGAAGGCCGGCCUCGUGCCCGCGCGCGACCCGUCCGGCUCGACCCUGGGCAUCGUCGGCAUGGGCAGCAUCGGCAAGCACCUCGCCCUCAAGGCGGCGGCCUUCAACAUGCCCGUGCGGUACUACAACCGCCGGCGGCUGCCGCCCGCCGAGGAGGCCAGGCACGCCGCCACGUACUGUCCCACGCUCGAGCGGCUCCUGGCCGAGUCGGACGUGGUGUCCAUCAACUGUCCGCUUACCGCGGCCACGACGAAUCUCAUUUCGCACAGGGAGGUCGGGCUGAUGAAGGACGGCGCCUUUCUCGUGAACACGGCGCGUGGUGCCAUUGUGGACGAGGAGGCGCUCAUCCAGGGGCUGGAGAGUGGCAAGAUCACCCGCGCGGGGCUGGAUGUGUUUGUCAACGAGCCGCACAUUAAUGAUUAUUUUAGGACCAGCGACAGGGUCAUUUGCCAGCCGCACAUGGGGGCCGUGACGACGGAGGCGUUUAGGAGGGGAGAGAGGGAGUGUUUGGAGAAUCUGCGGGCCUUUUUCCGGACAGGGAGGCCGCUGGCGCCUGUGAAUGAGAUUACCGGCGCCGCUACCAAUUACACAAAGCCCACCACUACGCAAUUAAGACGAGCGCCUAAAAACAAGCCAAUGGUCCAAAACAGCCAAAACAGACCGACACACGCAGCAGCCAGUCGUGCUUUUCACCUGUCCUCUGGGGUUGAAUCUCGGGAAGCCCCCGCAUCCCCACUUUCGCCAAUCUCAAUCUCGCAAACGAGCCGAUGCGGACCAACGAUUGGCCAAUUGGCGCGAGCUUUCCAACUCGCCCCGAAGCGACAGCGUGUGGAAAUGGAAGGCCUCGAGCCUCUGAUCAACUGGGCACGCACCCGAGGCGUCGAGCUCGACGGCGUCGCGCCGCAGCAGAUGCCCGGCCGUGGAAUCGGCGCCGUGGCAACACGGUCAAUCAAGGCAGGCCAGGUCCUCAUGACGAUCCCCGCCAGGGCCAUCCUCAGGCUUGACUCGGUGCUCGCCUCCAUCUCGUCCAGACUGCCGUCGGCAUCGUCGAUCCACGGCCUGCUGGCCGCGCAGCUCGCGGCCAGCUCUGACGCCGAGACGACCCUCCGCAGAGACGCGAUGCCCUCCCUGCAGAGCUUCGCCGCGACGACGCCCCUCUUCUGGCACCGGCGGCUCCAGGACCUGCUGCCCGCGGGGGCGCGGAGGCUCGUGGACCGGCAGGAGGCGGCGCUGGAGCGCGACUGGGCCGCGUUCCACGAGGCCUUCCCCGGCGUCGCGCGGGACGCCUACCUGCGCUGCUGGUUCCUCGUCGGCACGCGGGCGUUUUACCACGAGACGGACGCGACGCUGCUGUACCCGUGGGAGGACCGGCUCGCGCUGCUGCCCGUGGCCGACAUGUUCAACCACGCGGGCGUGCCGGGGUGCUCGGUGGCCUUUUCGCCCGAGGCGUACACGGUGACGGCGACGCGGGCCUGCGCGAGGGGCGACGAGGUCUUCCUCUCCUACGGCGAGCACUCCAACGACUUUUUGCUGGCCGAGUAUGGGUUCCUGCUCGACGACAACCAGUGGGACAGCGUUGAUCUCGGCGCCUUUAUCCUGUCGAGGCUGGGCGCGAAGCAGCAGGCAGAGCUUCGGGCCCGGGGCUUUGACGAGUGUCUUGUUGGGCCGAGCUCGCAGUGGGAUCUACCUGACGGCGCGCUGGAUGUUCUGGGACGUUGCUUUGCCGCGGAGCCGCCGGAGAGGGCAGCGAAUGGAGGACAGCAGGGCAAGCCUUUGGAAGAGCGCGUGUUUGUGGCCGUUUUGACACGCUUCCUGGACGAGAUACACGACGUCAAGAGCGCGAUUCGGGCCGUCACAGUCGGAGACGAUGCCCAGCGCGCAACGCUGCUAAGACGCUGGGACCAGAUAGAAGCUCUGGCGUCGUCCCAGGGGGGAACGUCAUUGGUGCUCGCCGCCGCCCAGGAGGGCAGGGCGGCAUUAUAUCUGACAGGCCAAGAGUCUCAACCAAACAUGAACAUGCGUCUGGUGCCAUUCGAGCAUGAGGCAGUUCCCGCUCUGCCCUGGACCCUGGAACAAUCGCACCGUGCCAAAACGACAGGCAACGCACCAUCUCAACAAGACGACACAUCUCCCGUCUCCAGCUACUCUAAACCCACAGUAGCACCACAGUCCGCAAAAUCAACACUGCGGCGUCCCCAACAGUCUUCAUCCUCCAAACCACCAGGGCAAGCCGCCAUCACAAGAACCCCCAGCCUCAGCUACAUCAUCCCCGUAGAUUUCACACGUUCCCUCUCCCCAGCACAUAACGUCCACGUCAGCCGUCAAGAAAAACUGGCGGUCAGCCAAACCCUCCGGACAGGCCGGACCUCGUCCCGCGAAGAGAGGGGGAAAAGAGACACUGAUGACUGCCAAGCUCAAACCAGGCAAAACGCAAAGACGUAUGCGACGACACCGGCCGGCCGUCGACAUGAGUGGCUGCUUGGCGAUUUACCUGCUUACGCCGUAUCACACGCCGAGUGGCGAUGCGGCAUCGGCGUGUCUCAAUACAAAGAUACAAGUGCCAGGACAGUCUCAAACCAGGUCGUUAUCGAGCUUGACCCCAGGGAAGACGCUCCCCGCGCAUUGCCUCUUUGA